UGAGAGAAAUUGCAAGACAUAACCAUUGGAAGAGAAUAAUGGAGUUACUGGGUUUACUUGUGUUGUUAUUGGGUAGUAGCAUCAUGGCAAAUGGUGCAGUUUCUGAAGUUUCUUGGAGAGAAAUCAGCAAUAUCAAUAGUGAAGGGCCUUACCUUGGUAUAGUGGUGCCAAAUUCCUUUGAGCUUGGUCCUCUUCUUCGUUCAUCUAGCUUUGUGCCUCAUAACAAGUUUCCUUACUUUGAUUUUGCCGGAAAACAUUUUCGCAUUGGUGUAUUGGAAAAGAAAAGGGUUAUUGUUGUUAUGUGCGGAUUGGGAAUGCUAAAUGCAGGUCUUUCCACCCAAUUGCUGCUUACCUUAUUUAAUGUGAAUGGAGUUCUCCAUUACGGAAUUGCAGGGAAUGCAAAUCCUAAACUCCAGAUUGGAGAUGUUACUAUUCCUCAAUAUUGGGCCCACACAGGACUUUGGCAUUGGCAGAGGUUAGGAGAAGUAAAUGUAUCCGGAGAUUUCAGCAGAGACUUUGGCUAUCUUGAGUUUGCCAAUUACAAUAACUGCUCAAAAGAUUUCAAGUCAAAUACAAAUCUUUUGAACAAAGUGUGGUAUCAACCAGAGGAAAUUUAUCCCGUGAAUGGAAUUCCUGAAGCUAGGCACGAGAUUUUCUGGGUUCCAGUUGACAAGACUUACUUUAAAAUCGCAAGCAAGCUCAAGAAUGUUAAGUUGGAAAGUUGUGUCAACACAACUUGUUUGCCAAGGAAGCCUAUUGUGACAAGAGUAGAGAAAGGGGUUACUGCCAAUGUGUUUGUUGACAACAAAGCUUAUAGAGAAUUUUUGUAUUCCAAAUUUGAUGCAACUCCUGUUGAGAUGGAAACUGCUGCUGUUGCUUUAGUAUGUCUCCAACAAAAGAAACCCUUCAUUGCCAUUAGAUCACUAUCUGAUUUAGCUGGUGGAGGUUCUGCAUUGUCCAACGAAGUAGAUGUGUUUUCCUCAUUAGCAUCCCAAAAUGCAUUUGAAGUUCUUGUCAAAUUCAUCUCCCUGUUAACUCAGUAGCUCUAGUGUCUUUCUUAAAGGGAAAGCAAGGGUGGUUCAAAUAAUGUGUUACCAAUUCAUAGAUUUCGCGUACACUAUUGUGUACCAGAAAAUAAAUGCAUAACCAAAAUCUUUUUAAGAGUUUCUAA